AUUAAAACCGAUUGAAAAAAUGGCUGAAGCUGCGAUGGUUGUUGCGAAGGGAAUAGUUUCCGGCCUGAGUUCAGUUGCUUCUGAGCAAAUCAAAAUUGCAUGGACUUUUGAAGAUGAACUGAAAAGGCUUCAAGAUUCAUUGGCUAUGAUUCAGGAUGUAUUGCAAGAUGCAGAAGACCAGCAAGGAAGUCAAAGGGCUGUUAGGAGAUGGCUGCUGAAGCUUAGAGAAGUGGCUUACGAGGCUGAUGACGUUUUGGAUGAGCUUGUUUAUGAAGAUCUACGAAGAGAGAUCGUGACAAAUAAGCCUAUGUGCAGCUUCGUGUGGAAACAGGUGUGCAACUUCUUCUCUCUAUCCAACCCUGUUUUAUUUCACUUCUUGAUGGCCAAUAAAGUUGAAAAGAUCAAUGAAUCUUUGGAUAAAAUAAAAAACGAAGGAGUUGUUUUGGGACUUCGUAAUAGACCAGUUGGCAGAAUUACUGUACUCAGCCAAGACAUCUACGAGACUGACUCCAUCCUCGAUUCUGAACCUAUAAUUGGGAGGCGAUAUGAUGUCUCAAAGAUCGUCAACAUGCUGAGUAGCCUCAGCAACCAACAUGAGAUCUCUGUCAUUUCCAUAGUUGGUAUGCCAGGCCUUGGAAAGACAACCUUGGCUAGAACGGUGUGUAAGGAAGUAAAAGAGAAGAAGAUGUUUGAUGUAGUAAUUUGGGUGUGUGUUUCUUAUGAUUUUAGUCACCAAAAGAUUCUAGGAGGAAUGUUAGAAUCUCUAGACAGAAGUGCUGGUGGCAUGAGUAACAUUGAUGCAAUACUUUCUAACCUUCAAAAAGAGUUGAAAGACAAAAGUUUUCUUCUAAUUCUUGAUGAUGUGUGGAUUGAAGAUGACCAAAUGUGGCGUGAAUUGAAGAACCGUUUGUCAAAAACUAAUGAUAAUGCAAAUGAAUUGUCCCUCCAAAAAAAAAACAAAGCUAAUGCUAUUGUUGUAACCACUCGUAGCCACAGGACAGCAUCCAUUGUGGAGACAUCUCCUGAUCAUAGACAUAACUUGGAGCAAUUAUCAAGGGAAGAAUGUUGGUCAAUUAUCAAGGAAAGAGCAUGUAGGAUCGGAGGAGCUUUGGUAAGUGUAGAUCUAGAAGAUAUCGGAAAGGAAAUUGCAGAGAAAUGUGGAGGUGUGGCACUACUUGCAAGCGUCUUAGGAGGGACCCUGGGUUUUAGAAGGAGAAAAGAAGAGUGGUUGACGGUUAAAAAUAGUGAUGUUUUAAGACUAGGAAAUAACGAUGAGGUUUUACCUAAACUGAAGUUGAGUUUUGACAACUUACCGUUUUGUUUGAAGCAAUGUUUUGCAUAUUGUUCCAUCUUUCCUAAAGGCCAUGUUAUUGAAAAGGAUCAAUUGAUUCAGCUUUGGAUGGCUCAAGGUUUUCUUCAGUCUUUUGAAGAAAUCAUGUGGUCUGAAGAAGGAGGUGUUACAGAGUUGGAAGAUGUUGGUGAUAAGUUUUUUAAUGGCUUGCUAUCGAACUCUUUAUUUCAAGAUGUGCAAAGGGAUACAUGUGGCAAUAUCCAAACUUGCAAGAUGCAUGAUGUAGUGCAUGAUCUUGCGCAAUUUGUUUCACAAUCAGAAUUGAUUGCUUCUGAAUUGACUUCUGAGUUGACUACGGAUAUCUCUGAUCAUGUUCGACAUUUGAAUGUUGCUCAUGUUGAGGCAUUGGUGCCAAGGAUCUCAGAGGAUGUAGCUCGAAAAUUGCGGUCUUUGUUUUCCAAAGUCAAUGUCUUCAAUGAUGAGUUGAGAGAUUUCAAAAGUUUACGAAUUCUAAACUUUUGUGAUGCUAAGAUCAAUGACCUGCCAACUUUUCUUGGCAGAGUCAAGCAUUUGAGGUACUUGGAUGUUUCUGGAACUAGCAUAAAAGAACUACCCCAAUCCAUAGACAGACUGUACAAUUUGCAAACAUUAAGAUUCAUGCAUUGUAGACAUCUGGAACUGCUUCCGAAGGGUCUGGGAAACUUAGUAAGCUUGAGACAUAUUUAUUUCAAUGAUGAAAAACUUAUGCCAGUUCAGAUCGGGUGCCUAACUAGUCUUCGGACGUUGCCAUUAUUUGUUGUGGGCGUGGAAAUUGGAUGCCAAAUCAAGGAGCUGGGAUGUUUGAAUCAUCUUAGAGGAGAUUUGACGAUAUGCAAGCUCGAGUAUGUUAAAGACGGAGAAGAAGCCAGGGGAGCAAAUUUGCAAGCGAAAACAAACAUAUACAAGUUGAUAUACGAAUGGAGCAUAGAAAGAGAAAGUUGUGACGAUCAUGAGGAAGUGGCAAUAAGAUCAGAUCCCAACUGGAGCUAUAGAAGCUUCAACUAUGAUAGAGAAGUGUUGGACGACUUGCAGUCUUACUCCAGUGAUCAGAGCUUCAACUAUGAUACAGAAGUGUUGGACGACUUGCAGUCUUACUCCAGUGAUCAGUGCUUCGGCCAGGACGAACUAACGGAUGACUUGGAUGAAAUUAGUACAGCCUCAAAUCCUAAUGAGCAAUUACGGGACUGGUUGAAGUUUCUCUUAAGUUCCCAAAGGAGCUAUGAACCUAGUACGAGGUUCAAUGAUGAACAAGUGUUGAGGUUCAAUGAUGAACAAGUGUUGGAGGGCUUGGAGCCUCCGAUAAGUUUGAAAAGUUUGAGUAUUAAGAAUUUCAGGGGUGAGAACUUUCCUCCGUGGAUUUGGAGGAGCAUCAGUGUUAAUAGUACUGGUAGUGAUUCACUUUUGCUGGACAAUUUAGUGGAAUUGAAUUUAUUCAAUUGCAUGAAUUGCGAAAGUCUUCCAAGACUCGGGAAAUUGCGCAAUCUCAAGAUUCUUGCAAUAAAAAAUAUGAACAAUGUGAGGUGCAUUGGAGGUGAAUUUUAUUCUUAUUAUAAUCGUGGUGUCUUGGGAGCAUUGUUUCCGGUACUGAAAGAACUCACCAUAGAGGGUAUGGAAACUUUGAAGACAUGGAUGGAUCCAACCAGAUUAAAUUCGGCGUCUGAGGGGGACUCAACCUCAAUAGAAGUAUUUCCUUGCCUUGAAGAUUUGACUGUUGGGUGCUGUCCCCAGUUGGAGAUGGUUCCAAUGAUGGGCGGAUUACCAUCUCUUCAAACGCUUAAAAUAUACUCUUGCGAGGGGUUGACUUUUAUAGGUGACGGACUAUCUGCAUCAACUUGUCUCAAAACGAUAAAUAUACAAGAUUGCCCUAGUUUGAAAAAGAUACCAGGCGUCAAUCGGCUCUCAUUUCUUACGGAAUUAGAGGUGAAGAAGUGCAGCGGAUUACAUUCUCUACCAAGAGGGAUCUCACACUGUACUUCUCUUGAGAAUUUGUCAAUACGUGAUUGCACUGUGGCAAAAAUUGGAAGCAUAAAUGCACUCUCCUCUCUAAGAAUAUUAGUUCUAAAGAAUUGUAAGGACCUAAAACGGCUGCCACGUGGGUUGGGAUCCUGUACUUCUCUUGAACAAUUGGACAUAGUCGGUAACUUCAAUCUGCAACUUCAUAAAGAAGAAAUAAGGCAAUUGCCUUCCGUUCGUUUUCUAAAUAUCACCAUUUGUCCAAAAUUGAGAACAAUUCCAAAAGGGUGGCUAGGCCGCUUCAGCAACUUGAAAGUAUUGACUAUCGGUGGUUUCAGCGAAGAGUUGGAUGAAUUCCCAGGUCUCAGUUCCAGUGAAGAGUUGGAUGAAUUCCCAGGUCUCAGUUCCGUCGGUUGUCUCCCUGCCUCCCUUGAUUAUUUGCUAUUGUUAGGAUGGAAAAGAUUGGGGUCUCUGCCGGAACAACUUCAGCACCUCAGUGCUCUUAAGCGAUUGGAGAUCUGGUCGUUUGAUGGAGUAGAAGCCUUGCCGGACUGGUUGGGAAAUCUCUCGUCUCUUCAAUCCUUGAAAAUCCACCAAUGUGAGAAACUGAUGUGUCUGCCGUCCGCACAAGCUAUGCAACAACUCACCCAACUAAAGAGGCUUUUUAUUCACAAUUGCCCCAUAUUAAGUGGAAGAUGUGCCCAGGAGGGUGGCCCUGAGUGGUUCAAGAUUUCUCGCAUUCCAGAAGUCAUAAUUAAAAAUAAUGACUGAUGAUUGAUCCCGGUGUGGCAAAUUUAUGUUAUCUCAACAAUGUUGAAGUGAGGUGCAAUGUACCAGACUUCCUUCUUCCUGGUUUAGGCGAUCCCUCUCAUGGAACAUCAAAAUAGGGGAUAGUUGAUGCUCCAGCAAUUUAUUAACUGGUUAACAGAGGAAGGGCAGAACAAGUGGUACAACAAUUAGAGAUAUCAAGGAGUGGCUUCAGUAGCACUAUUGUUCUUCCUUAGCAUAUUUACCUGAGCUGGAGGAGUCCAGGUUUUACAAAGAAAAUACUUCCUAGUUGUGAGAAUUGGGUGGAAAUCAAAAGUUUUGAUGUAAUGGGAUUUUUUUGAAGAGUACAUUAUAUGGAACAUCCGCUUUCAACUUCAAGGCUGUCUUUCGAUUUUGCAACAAACUGAAAGUCCCCCAAAAUAGGAGAAAUGGACAUCUCAUUCAGUCACCGUGUUUGAGUACUGUACUUGGUGUGUCAGCAUUAAGAAUUUGCUCCAAGUGAGAAAGUGAAGUUCUUGCUGCAGAACCAGAAAGCUAAAGUCAAGUCAGGUUGGAAGCCCAAACCUUAGAGGGGAACUUUAUGCUUUUCCAGAACAAUCAAUAAAUAGAAGAAUUUGUUCCCUUUGGAGAUAUCCUUCUGUAGUAGCUGCUUCAUCUUGUACCAGGAACAAGUCUGCCGACAGACUGCCUAUGAGCUACAUCAUCUCCGAUACGUGGCCUUUCGUCAUUUUUGUUUUUGUUGAUACUUACAUCUAGAGCAUCAAGUCGAUCUUCAAUUUCUUCAAAGCAGUGUUCCAAACGCUGGAAUCUGAGAUCCAUUUAUUGCUCCAAAGCUUUCAAGCCACCCUUUGAUCUUUCGUUGCAAAUCGCAAGGUCUCAGUUUCAUGAUCUUCGUCAUGAGAACCACCAUUUAUCAUAACUGGGUCACCUGCUAUUAGAUUGGCUUGCUCCAAGAAGUCAUCUGCUAGACUAUUUACGACAAUAAAAGUGAUGAUUGAAAGAAACCAGCAUCGAAGUCUACCUAUCUCUACACCACUUCUCCCAUCCAGAUAUAGUAGGAUAAAAAUGGAACUGUAAGACUAAAGAGAGCGAGGGCAGUUGCUUGGGAGUUCUUAAACGUGGGGGAGAAUGAUUCUGGCAUGUUGACAGACGAGAACAAAAAGGCUUAUAAGGAUUCAGAGGCAUGGCAAGGCCCCCCUGAAGGUUGGCUUAAAAUCAAUUUCGAUGGAGCCUUCAAGCAGGACAGUAUUGAAGAUGGAAUUUGUGGCAUAGUAAGUGACAGUUCUGGGGCAGUUUUUGAUGGUGUCAGGGAAGAAUAUUUUUGCUGAUUCAGCUCUCCUAGCUGAGGCAGAGGCAUUGAGGAGGGUGAGCUCUUUUAGCAAAGGAAAAUGCUUAUAAACAAGUGAUUCUUAAACUGAUUAACAGGUUCUUUCUAAGGAGACACUAAAGAGCUGAAGGGAAAUUAAGUAGAGGCACCUCCCAGUUUUGGGAGAUGUUGUGAAGUUUGAGAUAGCGAUCAGAAAAUCCAAACUUCUUUUGACUUCAACAACUGCCAGUCAAGUAGCAGAUUGGAUAGCUAUCCAGUCAAAAAGACGCAUGCGUCCUCAGAAUUGGGUGCAAGCAACCCCCCCCCCC